AUGCGCUGUUUCGCCAAGUUUGGCGACUUGGCGAAACCUGGUGCUCCGCAAGACUUGAGCAAAAACCGUUUUGGACGUGCGUUGCGUAUGGCAAGUUCUGAAGACGAUCAUAUGGCGUCUGUAUCGUCAGAAGCCGCAGUUGUCGAUGAGUUUGCGGAUGAGUCUGAGGUCAGAGGAUCCUUGUACUUCAGUGCACCGGUCGAAGUACUACCUCAAACUAGACGGACGGCGAAUCUGCUCGCCCAUAAAGCUGCUGAGCAACAGAGGAAGAGGGAAGAGGCGGCGGAAUUGAGACGGAGGAUAGAGGAGGAGGAAAUUCAACGAAGGAUCCGCGAACAAGAGGCCAAAAAAUUGGAGUUGCUGAUGAAACAACAGCAAAAGGAAGAAGAGCGAAAGAGACGCGAAGAGGAAGAGCAACGGAAACAGUUGGAAGGGGGCCUUGAUCUUAUCCUAGCACAAUUACACCUCAACACCAGCAACGUCCAAUCUGUAUCUUUCGAAGGUGUCGACGUAGCAAGUGUCCGACUACGACUGCUUUGCAAUGCACUUACAAUUAACAACAGCUGUACGGCUAUAACGCUGGCUCGGAAGGGUUUCAACGAUGAAGAUGGUGUAUUGCUGGCGACGGUUCUUGGAGUAAAUCGAACCUUGAAGUACGUGGAUUUGGAAGGGAAUCUUUUCGGACCGGAAACAGCUCGGAAACUCGGGGAGGUCCUGGCUGUGAACAACGUGUUGAAAUCUUUGAAUCUACGCGAAAAUGAUCUUACUGCCUCCGGGGACGACCAGGAGGGAGUGGCUGAACUCGCUCGCGGAUUGGCGAAGAGUGAAAACAGUUUAAUGGUCCUUCUACUAAGCCGCAAUAAUAUUACCCCGGAGGGUGGAGAGCAUCUUAUUGAGUAUGUGAAAGAGCAACGCGCCCACACCAGCAGUCCUCCCCAUCCAGUCAUUCUCGAUGUUAUGGAGAACUCUCUCACAGUUGAGCAGAUGCGGGAGCUGCAGACGAUUAUUGACGCUAAUGCAGCUGACCUGCAUUCACGGAGAGUCCUAGAGAGGACUGAAAGACUGAUGAUGCAAGCAGCUAAUGACGAGACACAGGAGUGGUUGGAAACUGUCGAGAAGGAACGAAUCACUAUAUCCGGCAUUGAAAGCAGACGGAAUGAGCGCGGCAGAGGAUCCAUCGAAGAGUGGAAGUUGGAGGCUCAUAAUAGGUUACUAGAGGGAUCGCGCAUAUGGGAGGAGCUCAUGCAAGAAGCUGAGGAACGAAAAGCUGCUCAUGAGAUCGCUUUUUGUCUUAACCGUCUACAAUCAAUGACACAUCACUGGAGUUGUGCGGCGCCCGAUGAUGCCGUUGUUUCGUUCAUGGGCAUGGUUAAAAACUACUUUUUCCCGCCUCCUGAGCACAUCCUCACUGACUCACCACAAUUUCAAGUAGCCCAGAUGAGGCAUCGAGCGGAGCCUUCCCAGUUCUACAUGUUCGAGAGGACCAAUAGGCCACACGACGGAACAAUCGUUCCUGAUCCCAACAAGAGUAGUAACGGUGUUGGAAUACGGCAGAAAUUCGUGUCCCAUGGUAGCGGCUUGGGAAGAGCUUAUGGCCCAGUACCUGAUGAAGUGAUUACUUGGAAAGGUGCAAUAAGCCCGGGGCAGAGGCUUGUGGAUGGUUUGCGGGUCGAUUGGGAUAAGCCACCGGCCGAUGUAUUCUUCUCUGAUAGAGCGGUGAGGAUGUAG